AUGACGCCUGGUGAUCUGCGGAGACUCGAACCUGGUGAUCCGACAAGCGAGAUCGUCUAUAAGGCGCCGGGUUUGACACUAUUGCGCCAGCGGUCUUUGGACCGACUCCGCGCUUCGCCGGAUCACGAGCUAUUGCAUGUUAAGCGAGAUUGGAAUGGGAGUGCCGGCAGCUUAGCAAGUAUCGCACUACAAGGGAUAUGUGGAAUUCAGGUUGAGACUGAAAAGAAGAUCCAGGAUCUAGUGACCUUGAACUGGGUGGAUGAGAUCCUGAUAGUGAAGAUCGAAGACGAGAUCGCACAUACAGUAUAUCUACUUUCCGAGUUCACCACUAUGACUGAAGCCAAAACCCCAUAG